CCAAUAACAGUUUCAAUGUGCAUUGCAGCGUUGACCUCCCCCCGGAUUCACCUCUAAUACGAAGCCAUGUUUCGGUCUUUAAGGCACGUCCCGCAGUUUAACUGCAACCUCCUGACUCCGCAGAGACCCCACGUGAACGCCAGACUCCUGAUCUGCACGUCCAGAAUGGCCGCGUCGGAGUUCAGGCUGGAGCGGGACACGUUUGGAGAGCUCAAGGUCCCGGCUGACAAGUACUACGGGGCUCAGACGGUCAGAUCCACCAUGAACUUCAAGAUCGGGGGACCAAGUGAGAGAAUGCCUCUCCAAGUGAUCAAGGCCUUCGGCACCCUGAAGAAAGCAGCUGCAGAGGUGAACAAGGGCUACGGCCUGGACUCCAAGAUAGCAGGGGCCAUCAUCCAAGCUGCAGAUGAGGUGGCGGCUGGUAAGCUCAAUGAUCAUUUCCCUCUGGUGGUGUGGCAGACUGGAUCAGGAACUCAGACCAACAUGAAUGUAAAUGAGGUGAUCAGCAACAGGGCUAUUGAGAUCCUGGGGGGGAAACUGGGCUCUAAGGAUCCAGUCCACCCUAAUGACCAUGUGAACAAGAGCCAGAGCUCCAACGACACCUUCCCCACUGCUAUGCACAUCGCUGUGGCCACAGAGGUCCACCACGUCCUUCUGCCGGGUCUGCAGACCCUGCACGAUGCUCUGGCUGCCAAGAGUGAGGAGUUCAAAGACAUCAUUAAGAUCGGGCGGACCCACACCCAGGAUGCUGUGCCGCUGUCCCUUGGGCAGGAGUUUGGUGGUUAUGUCCAGCAGGUGAAGUACAGCAUAGAGAGAGUGAAGGCUGCCAUGCCCAGGGUGUAUGAACUGGCCGCAGGAGGAACAGCAGUUGGAACUGGGCUCAACACUCGCAUCGGCUUUGCUGAGAAAGUCGCUUCCACAGUUGCUUCCCUCACGGGCUUGCCGUUUAUCACAGCCCACAACAAGUUUGAAGCCCUUGCAGCUCACGACGCCCUAGUAGAGCUGAGUGGGGCCCUGAACACGGUGGCUGUCAGCAUGAUGAAGAUUGCCAACGAUAUUCGAUUCUUGGGGUCAGGGCCUCGUUCUGGCCUGGGAGAGCUCAACUUACCAGAGAAUGAGCCUGGGAGCAGCAUUAUGCCGGGCAAAGUCAACCCCACCCAGUGUGAGGCCAUGACCAUGGUGGCAGCCCAGGUGAUGGGGAACCAUGUGGCAGUCACAAUUGGAGGCAGCAAUGGACACUUUGAGCUCAAUGUCUUCAAACCCAUGAUAGUCAAGAACGUGCUGAACUCGGCACAGCUACUUGGCGACGCAUCCGUGUCUUUCACCAACAACUGCGUGGUGGGUAUCGAGGCGAACACCGAACGCAUCAACAAGCUGAUGAAUGAGUCUCUCAUGCUGGUGACGGCCCUCAACCCUCACAUCGGAUACGACAAAGCGGCCGCCAUCGCCAAGACGGCCCACAAGAAGGGCUCCACGCUGAAGGCCGUGGCUGUGGAGUUAGGCUACCUGACCGAGGAGCAGUUUGACCAGUGGGUGAAGCCAAGUGAGAUGCUGGGGCCAAAGUGAACUCAUGACGACCUGAGAACAUUGCAGAAAUAUCUCUUUUCCAGGGUAAAAAGAGUAUUUGAAAUUAAAUCAAAGCUGUUUAACUGUAUGAAUAAAACUUAUUCUGAAAUCUUGACGUCCCUUAAUAGAAUUUCAGACUUGUACCUUCUUAAAGUUUUCUUUGAUCAUACUUUUACAUAUAAAUCUUUAUUGUGAUGCAGAAUAUUCUCUGAGUUUCAUUUAUUUCUACCCACCAACCCCAGUUAAGGUGUUCCGUCACCCUAAUUGUUUCAACUGUACCGUCUGUCUUCGGGUUUACAAAGUUUGUGCCAUUUCUGCACCUGCAGCGUUCCAGUUAACUAAAAUGAUUGCUUAAGAACAAA